UUCACGAGCAUAGCACUUCAAUGCACCUAUGUGAACGAGUACUUGUUGCACAACCCAACUUGCAGAGGAAAUGUUCACACGUUACCACCACACUAGCAGCUUGUGUGCAACGGAUGCUUUGUAUGCCACGCCUCGUCUGCUGUUUACUCUGUCUCAAGCGCCGUGGCAGCGAAUCAGUUUUCAGUUUUCUAAAAGGUCAAAGUGGCUGACCCCUUUAUCCCCCAGCCCUGCAAGCACUAUCUAGCAGUCGCUCUACUGGCGGCGUAGCCGACAACAGCUAACAGCGCGAUUAGAGAACGAAGAUGGAGAGUUCUUACACGGAAUUCCUGACGACCGUCACUUCUGUGAGUAGUCCAGUGCCAUGGCUGCUGGCUUUGACAACGGUGUCGCUCUACAUCUUCUACAAGCUGGUGUUCAGAGGUCGACAGUCUUUACCUCCAGGCCCGAAGGGUGUGCGGAUUUUCUGGGAAACGCUGAAGGCGUUAAAAAAUGGGAAUCUGCACAUUCUUGGCGAACGGUGGGCCAGGCAGUACGGGGACCUGGUGCUGUGCAGAACUCUCAUCGGCGACUUCUGUUUCUUAAACUCGCCGAGGAUGGUGAGAGAAGUGUACGCUAGCAAGGCCACAGAACUUGCAGCCAAUACUCGGGCUCCAAGCUUCGCGGGCUCGUGCGUGUACUUUGAUGACGUCGCCCUCAAAGGGCCCGACACUUUGCCCAACUGGCUCAAGCUACGGAAAGUGCUUCACUCGACUUUAAAGUUUUACGGUGAUGGCGUGGAGCGACUGGAAACCACGGUGAGGCAGGAGUUAAUCCGACUGACUGACUCUCUGGAAAGGAAAAUAGAACAGUCAGCUGAAGUGGAAAUGGGGAAAGUGCUCGCCUAUUCCGUUCAGUGUGUAGUCAUCUGCCUGUUUACAGGAGAAACUCCCUCGCCAGACUCUGAGUUACCUGCCUUGAUUGGAGAGUUUGUCGAAACGGUUGAAGAGUUACUGACGCCGACGACAGACUUUGUCCUGCACACCUUACCUUUCCUCCGCUACCUGCCGGGCUCCUACUAUAAAAGGUUGUGUGACAAGGUGUUCAAGACACGAGCUGCCCUCAUGAAGGAACUGCUCGAUCGUGCAAAGGAAAGUCACGUGGUUGGACAGCCGCGAGGCAUGGUGGAUGUUCUGCUAGACGAACAGAAGGAGGACAACACCUGGCUCCAGGAUGACAACAUCCGGGGAGUUAUCCUCGAUAUCGUCGACGGUGCUUACAUCACUUCUCGAGAAACCAUGAAGGCAUUCUUCCUUAUGAUGAUUCACAACCCCACAGUCAUGAAAAACAUACAGAAGGAGAUUGACGACAAACUUGGUGAGCGUCUGUCCCGGCUGGAAGACAGACGAAGCCUACCUUACACGGAAGCCGCCAUCUUGGAAACGCUGCGCUUCAGUUCUUUUACACCUUUUGGGUUUCCACAUGCAGCUUCUGAAGACAUUGUGGUUGAUGGAUUUUGCAUCCCCAAGGGCUCUGUGCUAUUCCAGAACUUGUGGUGGGUAAACCGCGACCAGUCCUUGUGGGGUGAUCCUGACGUCUUUCGACCUGAGCGUUUCCUUGACGACGAGGGUCAGCUGUUGCCUGUAACCCACAAGAUACGCCAGAGCUUUCUCCCUUUUGGCAUUGGUCGGAGGAGCUGCCCUGGCGAGAACUUCGCUCGAUCUCGUGUGUUCCUGUACGUGACUACCCUCUUACAGAAGUUCGACUUCCUCCCACCAGUCCAGCAUGAGCUGCUGCCCGUUACCAACACUUCUUGGAAAGAAGCAGCCGUCUUGCAGCUGAAGCCAUACCACGUGACACUUAGACCGAGGACUCGCUGACCCACCAGAAAAGCGAAAGAAAAUCAGAGUCAAGCGAGGAACGCGCUGCUCCUGCCUUAGAAAAAUAUUUAAAGGUCUGGUGGAGUGCAACAUUUAAAAAAAUAAUUUGGUAAAGCUGAGGACAAGAUAGGGUUUCCCAGCGAUACAUUACAUUUGUCCAUUAAGGUGUGUUUUUAGCUCACACACUGGCUGUAGCCUUCACAACGCAGAAGCACAAUCGUGACGUCUUUAUGGUGCUCUGUGCAUGGCGAUGGUUUAAGGCACUCACUAAACAAAUAUUGCACCGCACUGAACGUUUAAAAAUGUACGCAAACAUAUUUUGCAGUAAAACACUAGCACCUUUUCAAGAAUAUCUUGCAUGAUUAUGUAAGUGAGUAAAUAUUUCUUAGUGAUGUAAUCAGAAUGUGUUAAACAAAAUUAUGUAACAGCUGAUACAGAUCUGUCGAACUGUGUAAUAAAAUGCCUCUGUCUUGUAGAUCCGUAGUUUAUAUAGCAUUCUAGUUUUCUGCUCUGUGAUAAAAACUGUUGUUCAGAUUAUUCUUGAUAUAAAGUAAUACCGGUCUGUUUCUUGCUUUUGAAUAGAAUGAUUCUAUUACUUUCUUUGUUUUAUUUAAUUAGGUUUGUUGUUAUUACAGUAACUUACUACUCAUACCUUAACAAUGUAUUUAAAGAAAUAAAUAAUAUAAAAUGCAAUCUAACACAGUCUUUUUGACUCAGGUAUGAACUAAUCAUGAAAAAAUGCACUUGUUGAUGCACUCAUACACAUACACCUACCGAGCGACCUGUCCAACUGCUCCAUUGCAGACCCUUAUUCUUCCUUUGCACUACAGCCGCUCUGUACCGAAAACUUCAAUGCCAAAUGACUUUAAGCAGAACAAACCCACGUAGAACGACAACCACACAAAUACAGGUCACAUAUACCCCGACCAAAAGAAAAUCUGCAAAUAUUUUGAAAACACAUGUUUGUGAAGAAAUAAGUAGCAUCAAGACUGUAGCGCCCUUUUAGAGGAUGUGUAUAGAAGUAUGUACCAAUUGUGUAAUGAGAAUGCCAAUCUUUUGCUGAGCUGUUGAAUGGUGUAGGCUAUGUGCUGUUAAAUAUAAACUCACUGGAGUAAACUAUUUUGCAUAAUCAAAAGCAUUGUUCCGCUCACUCAGUAUUUUUUCUUCCAAGCACUUUACAUUUUUGUCAAGAUGUCAUCUGUUUGCUAAAGCUUAUAGUUGACUGUCGGUUGGUUUGUAAUCUUUUACGUGAAGCGCAUUGAGCUUCUAUCCACACGAGGAAAUGGCUUUUACAAACUCAUUAUUAUUAAUUUUCUUACCUCGCCAUGUGUUUUUGAACCUAUACUCGUUACGUCUCUAAGGGAGAUAAUUGUGUAUUUCUGUGUUAAGGAUCAGUUCUCCCCCGUUUUGUAAUAUACUAAUAUUUUGCUCUGAUUCUACUGUGUACAGCCUAUUAACAUAAAGAAAUGAAAUCUAA